UUUUCAACAACGAUCUCGGUAGUAGGCAAUCUGUAAAUGAUGAAAUAUGAAAAUAAUGAGCAUUUUGAUAGUGGACAUGGAACAUGUUUAGUGUUAGGUUUCGAAGAACUGCCCAGACGUCGACCAUUUUCGAAAAAUGCAGAGCAAAUAUGACGAACAAUCGGAACUUAUGAAGUGCAUGGUGCUGAAGCAAAACACUGACUCUGCCGAAAAGAACAGUGCAAGAUGGCGGACGUACUCGAUCUUCAAGGCGAAGCCGGAGAAUUUGAGGAUGAAGUUGAGGACGACGAACAACAUGUCAACAAGUUGAAGGAGCGUGCGACUCGUCGCAAGGGUCGCGGUUUCACUGGUGACGGAACCGCCCGCGAAGACAUUCGACAUUACGAAGCUGUUGGCAAUGAUGAACAGCAGGAUAACAAAAGGGACAGCGGCCCAGGACCUCAAAGGUCAGUGGAAGGCUGGAUCUUGGUGGUUACGGGCGUUAAUGAAGAGGCACAGGAGGACGAUAUCUACCAGAAAUUUGCUGAUUACGGAGAAAUAAAAAAUCUCCAUCUCAACCUUGAUCGAAGAACCGGUUUUCUUAAAGGAUACGCGUUGGUUGAGUUCAGCACGUUCAAGGAAGCUCAAAAAGCUCGUGAAGAGUUAAACGGCUCAAGUAUCUACGAUCAGGAAAUUAAAGUUGACUGGUGCUUUGUUAAGGGCCCGACCAAAAAACGCAGUGGGAAGUCACGACGAUAGAUAAUCUUUUCUGGCCUACACAUUAUAUCUCAACGCCUCAUAGAUACACCAACAAGAUUUACGAAGGAGACGUAUAAUCUCGUUCUGUAGAAUUGCUGCUUGUUCAGAUCUAAUGGUGAACGCAGGCAUGGCCUUUCAUUUUGUAUAAGUAUAGAUGCCGUGUACGCCAGAAAAGGGGCAAGAGGUCCUUCAUUUCGUACGUUUCGUUUUUUUUUUACGGACGAAGUUUCCGUGCGAUGUAAAUCCAAGAACAACACAGCAUUGUGUAUCAUAGAUCAUUUUCUUUAUUUAUAAAUAUGUUACAAUGUACAAUGCAUGGAACUUAAUCGGUCAAAAGCUAAUAAAUUCAUUAUUGUAUAUUCGCGUAUUGAUCCCAGUUUACUGCGAACACGCAGGUAGAUGAACAUUACGAAUCUAUACAAAAGCCUUAUAAGGGGUUAUAACGUAGGACUGGAGCAAAAUGCGGUAACAUAGAUGCUGCAGGCUGACAACUAUGCGAUGAACGCCGGAGGGCUCGCCUAGCUCGCAAUCCAAAAAAAAACAGUGCUGUAACAGUAUAUGCAAUCAGAACAGCCGCUGUUUAUACGAAGCCACAUGGGGCGCAUAAUAUUAACUGAGGCUUUGCGAGUUAGCAGCCAGGUUUAGGUAGCGAGGUAAGCGGUUGUUCGUAGUAGGCAGCAGUUGAUUUCUACAUACAAUGUAUCGAUGUAACAACGUGAUAGAUAUAUUUGUAAGUAAAUGCACUAUAGGGAAUUAGCGGUAAACGGAGUACGGAUUGGCAACGCGAAAAAAAAGGAAUGAGCAACUACGUAUACUGUCAUAUAAGGAGAUGCAGAAAUAUAUAUACAUGUAUAAAAAGUCCAAAGAAUGAUAUCCCUAGUGUUUUGCUUUCACUUCGUCGAAUAAACACUUAGAAUUUCGAAGCAGGACGAUAGCAGUUUUUUUAAUGUCCAUCUGUUGCAACAAAUUUAAUUAUUCUAAAGUCAACAACGCAGACAGAUUAGCUAACAACAGUAUACAGAAAGGACCUGCACUGACCUUUUUAAUCGUUGAAUAAAAUAUGUGACCUAUAUUGUAUUGAU